AGACUUGCAUGCAUUCUUCAAUUCUUGUCCAUGCACGCAAGCCACAGAAGUCUCAAAUACUGAUCUUCAAGCACGUGCCAAAGUCUUCGGUCAUCUGCUGGCUGCAUUACAUAAGAAAAUAGUGCAGCUGUAAGGGCAUGUAGGCUUGUACAGCCACUAUACUAAUAUUGAGCAAAAUGGCUUGCUUAGUGUUACUUAUGUGCAACCUAAGCAACUGUACUAUAAAGCAGGUUGUGAGUUCUAGUUCACCUCAAAAAUCAUCAAGGGUUGUGCAACCCCAUCUUUGUAGCUAAGGGUUUACAUUGGUCAUGCACAACAUGGCUUACAGACUCAUCUUUGGAUUUGUCAUUCCUCUUGUCCUACAAUCCUCGUUAGUGUUAUGCAAUCCACCAGAGUUGAAGGUUGGCUUUUACCAAUACACAUGCCCAUAUGCAGAGGUCAUCAUUCGUGAUGAGAUGACCAGGAUCAUCUCCCACGUCCCAAGCCUCGCCGGCCCUCUGCUUCGCAUGCACUUCCACGACUGUUUCGUGAAUGGUUGCGAUGCUUCUAUUCUGCUUGAUAGCCUACCAGGGUUACCAUCUGAAAAGGAAUCGAUACCGAACCUUAGCCUACGAGGUUUCGGCACAAUUGACCUUGUCAAGGCAAAGCUGGAGCAAGCCUGCCCUGGAGUGGUCUCCUGUGCUGAUAUCCUAGCUCUUGUGGCAAGGGAUGUUGUAGUACUAACCCAUGGGCCUUAUUGGGAUGUCCCAACUGGGCGGAGAGAUGGGAUGAGUUCAGUAAAGGAUGACGCUUUGAACAACCUACCUCCACCCUUUUUCGACGCCACUCGUAACCUGUACCAGUUCUUCAUCCCGAAGGGCCUUGAUGCCAAGGAUCAGGUGGUACUGCUAGGGGGGCACACCCUCGGGACCUCCCACUGCUCAUCCUUCUCGGACCGGCUGUACAACUUCAGCGGCACGCUCAUGCCCGACCCGUCGCUGGACAGGCAGUACGUCCCACGCCUGAAGACCAAGUGUGUGCCCGGCGACACUAGGACGCUGGUGGAGAUGGACCCGGGGAGCUUCAGGACGUUUGAUGCGAGCUACUACCGGGUUGUCGCCAAGGGGAGGGCCCUCUUCACCUCUGACGAGACGCUCAUGUUGGACCCCUUCGCCAGGGACUACGUCUUGCGCCAGGCGGCCGUGGCAGCAGAAGGGGCAUACCCCGCGGAGUUCUUCGCGGACUUCGCGGCGUCCAUGGUGAAGAUGGGAAACAUGCAGGUACUCACCGGCGAACAUGGGCAGGUCAGGAGGCGCUGCGCCGCCGUGAACCUGAUGUACAUGUAGCUGGCUCCGUCUGUGUGAUUGUCAACUCAGUAUAUUAUCGAAUGCCUAUAGUGGUUAAUUUCUGGGUGCGUAGGAUUAGCACGGUGUCUUACGCGUGUACAUUGUGUGUAUUACUAGUAG